GCAGGGUGAGGCUCGGGGACUCGAGUUCGAGUCGUGACACAUUACUGUUCUGUCUCCGCACACACGCAGAGCUCCGCUUCUCUCGCACCGGCACAGGUGCUGAUUUCCUUCCUCGCACCUGCCCGCCCGACGCCCACGGUCGCCAACCCCAUCUUCUAAACAUCCCGACGCCCGCAAUGAGGUGGUUGCUGCUGCUUGUCCUCUCCUGCGCUCUCCUCGCCCCGCCCGCCGCCGCACGACCACCACACAGACAGAAGCGUGUGAGCGACCAGCGAUUGGCAGAACUGGAGACCCUUCUGGCGCUGGCCAAGAUGAAGAACAGGAAGUACGUGACCCUCCCCGUCGGCUUCGGCCUCAUCGAUGUCCAGCAGAUCGGCCGCCGCAAGAGGGCAGCAUCCCUGGCAGCGCCCCGUGACCUCCCUGUCCACAACCCUGAGGAGUACGACAUUGGUGACCUUUUUGCCGACCUCUCGUCCGCCUUUUCCGCCGACUCCAUGCGAAAUGAGCGAGGCUACGACGAUACAUACCCCGUCGAUGACCUGAGUGUCGUGGAGGAGCUGAAGGGGAGCGGAAAGGAGAGCGAGAAGCAAGGCCAUCUGGCGGAAGUAAGGCCGGCCUCCAGGACCUUCUUCGUGGGCAUGGAAGGUGUCCCCCGCCAGAGGUAUAUUUAGAUAAAUCGGAAACCUUCACAGUAUCCGGAAGAUCUGCCAACUCUACGUUUAUUUAUUUAUUUUCACUGAAGCUAGUCACAAGUUACUCUUAAGUUUUGCCGAAGUCUCACGUCCCUCCUCCACCCCCCCCCCCCCCUCCUCCCGCGCAGGACGCAGCACCUUCGCACGAACGCACGGAAGGCGGACGAGAAAAGAAGCGAUGGCCAGAGAGCGAAGCCGAGUGGAUGACGCAAUCCGCAGCAUCCAGAAGUCGGCCUCAAGGAAGAGGUUGCUUAAGAUUCACCUAGUUUGUCCAUCCUUCGUCUCAUGUCCCGAUUACGAGGUUCAGCGAAAGAGAAACGGGAAAAAUGCCAUUUCCAUAAAGUACACAUAAAAUGCGAAAAUAUACACAACCGACAUCAUCAUACUGGCAAAAACACCCAAACACACGCACACACGAACCCAGCUUCACGAGGAGAGAAAAUUUACAUGAAGAGAGGCAUUGCCAUGUCAUUAUGUUGUAUUUACUUGUGAAUGUCUUUCAAUUCUUAUUUUUACUACAAAUGCUGUAAACUUUGAACGAAGAUUUCUCUGCUCGAUUUAAAGAUGAAGUUCUGGUUUACACCAUGUUCUAUAAUUUACCUCUGUUGUUUGCAAUGAGAUCUGUAACAUGUAAACAUAAUAUCACGCUGAGUAUUAAUGAAUAAAAAGGUCAGCUCAAGGAAGAAAAAUAUGAUAUGAGCUUCCUACCCCGAAGAUUUGUCCAUAUAAGGAUUCAAAGCGAAAUAUGAAGGAUCUAAUAGCACAGAGGCCUUUUGGAAGUCAUUUAAAAGAAUUCCGUGCGAUCCCUAACACCGAGCUCCCGUAGCUACAAAUCUACUAAUUUUGCAUUUUACAAGACCGAAUGAAAUUAGUUCCCGGAGUUGGGCGGCGGCGGGCCUGCGGCGAGGAAGGGCAGGUGUUCUGCAGUGUCAUGGAGGCUGGAAGUUUGGCCAUGAAACGUUUUGUAAUAAAUUGUUCAAAAGUUUCGUACGACGAUCGUUUGCUAAAUAAGGAAAAACGUGAUACCUGGGUUUGUAAAAGACCUUUUUGUAUUUCUUACCUAGCUUGGAACUUUCUAACACAACCAAGGCAUCAUUACGUGAACGCAGAAUAGCAGAGAGCCACCCUCCUGGUUUCUGUUAUAAGAGAGACACUUCAGCCUUCCGCUGUUUCGGGCUUGACUUCAAUGAAUACUGAAUCAAAGAGCACCUGCCCUUGCCCUUGCUCAAGCAGCGUUUAAUGUUACCUCUAGUCUCGAGCCUGACGAACUGGCGAGUCUUCAAACUUGUAGCUCUUAGUCGCUUCUACCCGCCCGAGCACCAGCGACCGACGGCUAGAGUAAAAGGGAAAAAAGGAACACAAAUAGUCAAAUGGCUGAUUCAAGUAUCCUGUGCUAACAUGUACAUACAUAUAUCUUUAAUGAAAUCAUCAUGUUCACAGUGUGUUAAUAAAAGGAAUUUAUAAUCA